AUGAAUAGUCACACCCUCAUUCUCAUCAAAGAUGAGAGCAUUUACCCUUAUGAAAUUCCUUUUAAAGCCCUCCUCCUGAGAGGGGACUCGGUGCAGCCGCCGCCGGCGAGGCUUGAAGAGAUGGUUGGCAUGAAGGUGUUGGUCAUCAGAGGGUGGGCUCCGCAGUUGUUGAUAUUGGGACACGUGGCGAUUGGUGGGUUCUUGACGCACUGCGGAUGGAACUCCACGUUGGAGGGGAUCUCGGCUGGAGUGCCGAUGGUGACGUGGCCGCUGACGUAUGAGCAGUUCGUGAAUGAGAAGUUCUUGAAUAAGGUGGUGAGGCUUGGCGUGCGAGUGAGAGGGGAGUUGUGGGAUCCAACCGUGUUGGUUGGAGCGGACGAGGUGGCGGUGGCGGUGACGCUGGUGAUGAGCGGCGGAGAUGAAGCGGAGGAGAGGAGGCGUAGUGCUUAUAAGGAGUAUGCGAAGAUGGCACGUGCCGCGAUGAGGAAGGGUGGAUCCUCCUAUGCAGAUCUCAGCCGUCUGAUUGAUGAGCUUAUCACUUGCAGAGCCAUGUCUGGCGGAAACGCUCUGGGAAACGAAUCCGACUGA